AUGCCUCGAGUAAAGCGGUACCGCCGUUCGUGCUUCCGCCAUCCUAGUAGAGUGGGGAGAGCGGGGUCUGACAGAGAGCAGCGAUUCGGCGUUGCAUACCAGAGGCAGAGGCAGAGGGAGAAGAGAGAGACACCAAUGGAGUCGCCGCCGCCGCCGCCGCCCCCGCAGAUCCUCCUCACCCCCAAGCCCGACCCCGAUGCGCCCCCGUCCCCCACCCCUACCACCCACACUGCUCUCAUCCCCAAGCCCGAACCCGACGCUCCCACCGCUCUCACCCCCGAGCUCUACGAUAUCUACCGCCGGGAGCUCGAGCCCUCCCCUGACGACCACCCCGACUUCGCCCUCCAACUCCGCCACUCACAGCUCCAACUCGACGCCGUCUCCGCCAAUCUCCGCCUCACCGCGCCCAAUCCCCAAGACGAUGCCAACCUUCAGGUAUCCAUUCCCCUGCCCUCCGACGCCGCCGCCGCCGCCACCUCUUCCUCCGCCUCCAAGAAACGCAACCGCGCCGGUGAGAUGGUGCGCGUCACCUCCUUCACUCCUCAAGACCACGCCCACUUCCGCUCCAUCGUCCGCCACGCGCGCCUCACCUUCGAGGCGCUCCGCGGAAUCUACCACCGCCAGGACAACUACGACGGCGCCCGCAACCGCUCCGACCUGCGCGCCUCCAGCAAGAUGCUCUCCCUCGGCCUCUGGCUCUACCGCAACGUGCGCAUCGUCGGCCCCAUCCCCGGCGUCCAGGUCGGGGACGCCUUCGCCUACCGCGCCGAGCUCUGCGUCGUCGGCCUCCACUGCACCCCGCAGGCCGGCAUAUGCUACAUCCCCGCCAGCCUCGUCAGCGAGGGCCACCCCGUCGCCACCAGCAUCGUCUCCUCCGGCGGCUACCUCGAUGACGAGGACAGCGGCGACGUCCUCGUCUACACCGGCAGCGGCGGCCGCCAGCGCAACCGCGUCGAGCACCACGCCGACCAGACGCUCCAGCGCGGCAACCUCGCCCUCCACUACAGCUACCAUUACGGCGUCGAGGUGCGCGUCAUCCGCUGCCACGCCUGCGACUCCAGCUCCAGCCGCAAGGUCUAUGUCUACGACGGCCUCUACAGGGUCGUCAGCUCCACCUAUGGUCCCGGCAAAUCUGGCCGCGAUGUCUGCAAGUACAAGCUCCUGCGCCUCCCUGACCAGGAGGAACUCGGCAGCAAGAACUGGUGUUUGGCCAAGGAAAUCAAGGACAUGGUCGACAGCAAAGUCCUCCCACCAGGCUACAUCUCACUGGACCUAUCGAAUGGCAAGGAGGCCUUCCCUGUCGCCGUCUGCAACAAUGUGGACCAAGAGAGUUCUCUUCUUGACUUUGACUACAUUGCACACCCUGAAUUGCCAUUGUCCCUCGAGUUCUCGCCGGCGAAGAGGCACAAGGGCUGUCAUUGUAACACAACAUGUGGAUCCAGCUGCAGCUGCGUGAGGAAGAACGGUGGAGGCCCGGUGUACAAUGAGGAUGGCACCCUUGUCAGGGGAAGGCCAAUAGUGUAUGAGUGUGGUGAUCUUUGUGAUUGCACAAUGAGUUGCUUGAACCGGUUGACCCAGCGAGGAAUGAAGCACCGGCUGGAGGUGUUCCGGUCCAAGGAGACGGAGUGGGGUGUCAGGACACUGGACUUGAUACAGCCUGGUGCUUUUGUAUGCGAGUACAGUGGAGAUGUGGUGCCCAGCGAUGUGGCCAUGGAUGAGGACAGCUUCAUCGAUCCAAAGAGGUUGCCCAAGAGAUGGAGAGAGUGGGGAGACGCCUCUGAUGCGCUUCUGGAUGACAACGUAUCUCAAUUCCACCAUUUCAGAGAGCCAAGUUAUGUACUUGACGUGUCUCAAAGGAGGAAUUUCGCUAGCUACAUUAGCCACAGCAGCUCUCCCAAUGCCUUCAUCCAAUAUGUUCUCCGUGGCAAUGAAAAUGAAUCAUGCCCUCACCUGAUGGUUUUUGCCAUGGAUACCAUCCCACCAAUGAGGGAGCUGAGCAUCGAUUACGGCAUUGAUCAGCAAGUAGGCCCCUGAGAGGGUUCAGUGAGAAGUGUGGCUGGAUGUGCUGAAGGUACAUUGUGAAACUUGUGGCGGCUUCACAGUUCAGCAGACUUUUUUGGUAGUGUUGGCGAUGAACUAUACUGCUUUUCAUUUUGCUGAAGGUUGGAACCCUGAAUUCUGAAACAGAGGGGAGCCCCUAGCUUUCCUGUAGA